AUGGCCGAUAAUACGGUGGGCGCGCCGCCACUCACGGGGCUCAAGGUCCUCGAGUUUGCCGGUCUGGCUCCAGGGCCCUAUGCCGGCAUGCUGCUAGCCGACGCCGGGGCCGACGUGCUGCGCAUCGACCGGGCGCCGCUCUCAAACGAGCAGCGGCCGGCUGGUGGCGACCUACUGACGCGGCACAAGGCAUCGGUGGCCGUAGACCUCAAGGACCCGGCCGGCGUGGCGCUGGUGCGCGAGCUGGCGCGGCGCGCCGACGUGGUGGUCGACCCGUUCCGGCCGGGCGUGCUGGAGAAGCUGGGGCUCGGGCCGGCGGUGCUGUGCGCGGCGAACCCGCGCCUGGUCUACGGCCGCCUGACGGGCUUCCGCCGCGACGGCCGGUACGCCGCCAUGGCCGGCCACGACAUCAACUACCUGGCCGUGUCGGGCGUUCUGUCGCUGCUGGGCCGCCGCGGCGACAAGCCGACGCCGCCGUGGAACAUGCUCGCCGACUUUGCUGGUGGUGGUGCUACGCUGUUCCAGGGCAUCCUGCUGGCCCUGGCGGCGCGCGAGCGGAGCGGCGGGCGCGGCCAGGUCGUCGAGGCCAACAUGGUCGACGGCGUGUCGUACCUUGCGACCUUCCCGCGGUUCGUGCUCAAGACCCCCGUCGGCAGCCACCCCCGCGGCGAGAACCUGCUGGACACGGGGUGUCCCUACUACGAUACCUACGAGACGCAGGACGGCAAGUACGUGGCGGUCGGGGCGCUGGAGCCGCAGUUCUUCAGUGUGCUGGCCCAGGGGUUGGGGCUGGCUAGUCAGGGGUGGGAGGAGAGGCGGUACGACCGCGACAGCUGGCCCGAGCUGAGGAGGCUGUUUGAAAUGGUAUUCAAGACCAAAACGAGGAACGAGUGGGAGGCCGUUUUUGACGGGACCGACGCGUGCUGCACGCCUGUACUCGAAUAUCCCGAGCUGGAAAGCAACCCUGAGAGGGAAGGCGACCAGCGCCCGUCAGUGACUUUGCGAAACACGCCGUGCCUCGCUGUCAAGCAAGAUGUGUCAGACCCAAGCCAUGGGCAGGGACAUGGCGUCGAAGGGGAAGGUUAUGUCGGCUUUCCCUUGGAAGUUGGCAAUGGGGGCGUUGCCAUGGUGGGGAAAUGGCUCAAAUGGACACAGGGCAACGAGUUUGACGUCAAAGGAAGGGCUCUUGUGCUCAAAAAGACAUCGAAAUUAUGA